AUGGUUGAGACCGAAACUUUAUCAGCUUCCUCUGGCAUGGGAUAUAAAUCAGCCCGAGUGCUCCAUCCGAACAUUCACCAGCAUUUUGCCAUGAAGUCCAGCGGCCUCGCCCUCCUCCUCCUUGCGGGGUUCCUCACUCUCUGGACGGUGAUGCCCUCUGCCUCUGCUCAAGGUCGUCCGGGAAAAUGGCCUGAUCAAUAUGGAGAGAGGCCUGGAAAAUGUCCCACUCCACCGCCAGAUACCCACACCAUCUGCAUCGUGAAGUGCGACACAGACUGGGAGUGCCCUGCCCCCCAAAAGUGCUGCAACUGGGGGUGCAUGAGAGACUGUUUCGACCCCGUCAAGAACUAACCCCGUCUGAACUGCAGAAUCUUUGACAGCAGCCUGUGCAGAAGAAUUCCUCCUCUCAAAAAUGAAUGCACCAGCUUGGCCCCUGAUCUCACUUCCCUAUCCUGCAGUUUCUCCACCUGCGGCACCCCUAAUUGUAUGCUUAAGUCUGAAACGUCAUGCUGGAGGGGAA